AGCAGCACCAUCCAGUGCAUCAUCACAAGCUCUUCUCCAACACAAAGCUACUUCCAAAUUAAUAGGCCACCGCCUCCUCCUCAUCUUUGAUCGUUUAAGUCUUAGUGCUUUCAGUUCUAUCCCCCUUGCCCAUUGCGAUGGAGUGCGAGAACGGCCGCGUUGCCGCCGCCAACGGCGAUGGCCUGUGCAUGGCGACGCCGCGCGCCGACCCGCUUAACUGGGGGAAGGCCGCGGAGGAGCUCAUGGGCAGCCACCUCGACGAGGUGAAGAGGAUGGUGGCGGAUUACCGCCAGCCGUUGGUGAAGAUCGAGGGCGCCAGCCUCAAUAUCGCGCAGGUGGCCGCCGUAGCCAACGGCGCCGGCGAGGCCCGGGUCGAGCUCGACGAGUCGGCUCGCGAGCGCGUCAAGGCCAGCAGCGACUGGGUCAUGAACAGCAUGAUGAACGGCACCGACAGCUACGGCGUCACCACCGGCUUCGGCGCCACCUCCCACCGCCGCACCAAGGAGGGCGGCGCGCUCCAGCGGGAGCUCAUCCGGUUCCUCAACGCCGGCGCCUUUGGCACCGGCACCGACGGCCACGUCCUGCCGGCCGAGGCAACGCGUGCGGCCAUGCUCGUGCGCAUCAACACCCUGCUCCAGGGGUACUCCGGCAUCCGCUUCGAGAUCCUCGAGGCAAUUGUCAAGCUGCUCAACGCCAACGUCACGCCGUGCCUGCCGCUCCGGGGCACGGUCACCGCGUCCGGCGACCUCGUCCCUCUAUCCUACAUUGCCGGCCUCGUCACCGGGCGCGAGAACUCUGUGGCAGUCGCCCCAGAUGGCACCAAGGUGAACGCUGCGGAGGCGUUCAAGAUUGCCGGUAUCCAGGGCGGCUUCUUCGAGUUGCAGCCCAAGGAAGGCCUCGCCAUGGUCAACGGCACGGCCGUAGGCUCUGGUCUUGCAUCGACCGUGCUCUUUGAGGCGAACGUUCUUGCUGUUCUUGCCGAGGUCCUCUCCGCGGUGUUCUGUGAGGUCAUGAACGGCAAGCCGGAAUACACCGACCACCUGACCCACAAGCUGAAGCACCACCCGGGACAGAUCGAGGCCGCUGCCAUCAUGGAGCACAUCUUGGAGGGCAGCUCCUACAUGAAGCUUGCCAAGAAGCUCGGCGAGCUCGACCCGUUGAUGAAGCCGAAGCAGGACAGGUACGCGCUCCGCACGUCGCCGCAAUGGCUUGGCCCCCAAAUUGAGGUCAUCCGUGCUGCGACCAAGUCAAUUGAGCGCGAGAUCAACUCCGUCAACGACAACCCGCUCAUCGAUGUCGCCCGAAGCAAGGCGCUCCACGGCGGCAACUUCCAGGGCACUCCUAUUGGUGUCUCCAUGGACAACACCCGUCUCGCCCUCGCCGCCAUCGGCAAGCUCAUGUUCGCGCAGUUCUCCGAGCUCGUCAACGACUACUACAACAACGGCUUGCCAUCCAACCUGUCGGGUGGGCGCAACCCAAGCUUGGACUACGGGUUCAAGGGUGCCGAAAUCGCCAUGGCGUCGUACUGCUCUGAGCUGCAAUUCCUGGGCAACCCGGUGACCAACCAUGUCCAGAGCGCGGAGCAGCACAACCAGGACGUGAACUCGCUGGGACUCAUCUCCUCCAGGAAGACGGCCGAGGCCAUCGAGAUCCUGAAGCUCAUGACCUCCACGUUCCUGAUCGCGCUGUGCCAGGCCGUCGACCUGCGCCACAUCGAGGAGAACGUCAAGAGCGCCGUCAAGGGCUGCGUGAUGACGGUGGCGAAGAAGACCUUGAGCACCAACUCCGCCGGUGGCCUCCACGUCGCCCGCUUCUGCGAGAAGGACCUGCUCCAGGAGAUCGAGCGCGAGGCGGUGUUCGCCUACGCCGACGACCCGUGCAGCGCCAACUACCCGCUCAUGAAGAAGCUGCGCAACGUGCUCGUGGAACGCGCCCUCGCCAACGGCACGGCCGAGUUCAACGCCGAGACAUCCGUGCUCGCCAAGGUCGCCCAGUUCGAGGAGGAGCUGCGCGCGGCGCUGCCCAAGGCUGUGGAGGCCGCACGGGCGGCCGUCGAGAACGGCACGGCGGCGAUACCCAACAGGAUUACCGAGUGCCGCUCGUACCCGCUCUACCGGUUCGUUCGCGAGGAGCUGGGUGCGGUGUACCUGACCGGCGAGAAGACCCGGUCGCCUGGCGAGGAGCUGAACAAGGUGCUCGUUGCCAUCAACCAGGGCAAGCACAUCGACCCGCUGCUGGAAUGUCUCAAGGAGUGGAACGGCGAGCCCCUGCCCAUCUCCUGAACAGUGAAGGGAGUGUCUCGAGACUGUAUUUUUAGUUAAUGCGGUUUAUUCCUAUUUAUGUUCGUUGUUAUGCUACGGACUCUUGUUGUGCAGCUGCGAUGCUUUGAAAGAGUUGUUAUUGCAAGCAGCAUUUUGUAAGUUUUGGAGUACUGUGAAUUUGAAUCAUAUUUGCAGUUUAAUUUA